AUGGCGGCUUCCGAUGCAUAUCCUUGGCUUUGUCGUUGCGGUCGCAGAAACCGCAAGACCAUGGACUACUGCCCAUCAUGCACUCGUCACUGGCGCACUGGAACUCCGAUCGAGCAGAACGAGGACAGGAGCUAUGCUACCUGGAACGAGGACCAGAGUGGCUGGGAGGCUCCAUGGGUACAAUCAGGUUCCUCUCCAAGGCAGAGAACUACGAGUCCAAGGCAGCGACAACCCAAGAAAAAUCGACGCAAGAAGAACAAGCCGCAGAUGGAUGCGGAUGGGCGAACUCAGUCUCGUGGUCGGGGUCAGGCUUCAGCACAACAACCGUUGCCGCCACCUCCGCCACCGUUGCCGGUAGCGCCAAAUUGGGCGCAUUUGCAGAACACAGUUGCGCCCACCGAUCCACCGGCAUCUGUGUCUACACAGGAGGCGCAGCAGCUCAAAGAGUGUGUCGCCCUGCUGAACAAGUACGAAGACGGCCUCCCGCCAGAGGUCCAAUCCUACAUUCAGGGGAUCAAGGCCAAGGAUGUCAAGAGGUCGGUGAAGACACUUCAUUCAGCCGUCACAUCUAUGGGGAGAUCCAGGGACGAGCUACAAGCUGCGAUUGCAGCCAGAUCUCAGAUGCACUCUACAUGGC